CAAUAACACACCGCUUCUCUCUGUCUGUAUCUCUGUCUCUCUCAUCACCUAGGCUACACGCUACUGUUCACCCAAAUGUUUGCGACAAAAACAGUCCCUCUGUCUCUUCCUACACACUCACACCGUGUACCGUGGAAUUCCGAGUAGAUAAGGGGGUGGGGCCUUCAUUGCCCCCUAUCUCACGGUUUCAGCGCAACACUCUUCCUGCAACCAACAUACACACACUGCAUGAGGCGCUUCGCUCACACACCAGCAGCACGUCGCCACAGCUGUAGCAGCGCUGCUCAGUCUCCGGGGGCUGUGGGAGAUCCGAGCGAACAGGGAAGCAGGGCCCACGGGGAUCCGGGGACGCAGCAGUGUGAGGCUUGGCAGGAGUCAGGACAUUCACACCGAGCGAACACCGGGGGGAAACCGACACCGAGAGAGGAAGAAGGGAGGGAGGAACCUGCUGUAAAGGCACACAACUCUCUCUUUCCUCCUCAUUUCAAAACACUUCCGCGUUAAAAUGGCUGACCGCGAGCAGGGCAGCAGCGACGGAGAGAGCUCGAGCACCGGGGGAUCCGAGCGGCGGGAGAGCGGGGCCGCGAGGGGCUUCGCGCGCCAAGGAGCUUUGCGCCAGAAGAACGUGCACGAGGUCAAGGACCACAAGUUCAUCGCGCGCUUCUUCAAGCAGCCCACGUUCUGCAGCCACUGCACGGACUUCAUCUGGGGCUUCGGGAAGCAAGGUUUCCAGUGUCAAGUGUGUUGUUUCGUGGUUCAUAAACGCUGUCAUGAGUUCGUCACCUUCUCCUGUCCGGGGGCCGACAAGAACGCAUCAGACGACCCGAGGAGUAAACACAAGUUUAAGGUCCAUACCUACUCCAGCCCUACGUUCUGUGACCACUGUGGAUCCCUACUUUACGGGUUGAUACACCAGGGCAUGAGAUGUGACCAUUGUAUGAUGAACAUCCAUAAUCGGUGUGUGUCCAACGUUCCCAGUCUGUGUGGAACAGACCACACUGAGAGGAGAGGACGCAUCCAGAUCACCGCAGAUAUCAAGGACAACAAACUCACCGUCUACAUCCAGGAGGCUUGUAACCUGGUCCCCAUGGACCCUAACGGUCUGUCUGACCCCUACGUGAAGCUCAAACUCAUCCCCGACCCCAAGAGUGACACCAAGCAGAAGACCAAGACCAUCAAGUGUAACCUGAACCCCACCUGGAAUGAGACCUUCACAUUUCCUCUGAAGGACUCUGAUAAGGACCGGCGUCUGUCGGUGGAGAUCUGGGACUGGGAUCUGACCAGCAGGAACGACUUCAUGGGAGCGCUCUCAUUCGGCAUCUCAGAGCUCCAGAAACAAGGAGUGGACGGAUGGUUUAAACUGUUGUCCCAGGAGGAGGGAGAGUACUUUAAUGUUCCUGUCCAACCAGACGGAGAAGAAGGCAACGAGGAACUACGACAAAAGUUUGAGAGGGCUAAGAUCGGUCCUGGUAAGAACACAGAUGGCUCCUCCUCUAACUCCACCUCUAAGUACGAUAGCAACGGUAACCAGGACCGCGUCAAACUGACAGACUUCAACUUCAUUAUGGUGUUGGGCAAGGGCAGCUUCGGGAAGGUGAUGUUAGCGGAGCGUAAAGGGGCAGACGAGCUGUACGCCGUGAAGAUCCUGAAGAAGGAUGUUGUGAUUCAGGAUGAUGAUGUGGAGUGCACCAUGGUGGAGAAGAGAGUCCUGGCCCUGUCCGGGAAACCUCCCUUCCUCACACAGCUCCACUCCUGCUUCCAGACCAUGGACAGGUUAUAUUUUGUGAUGGAGUAUAUCAACGGAGGAGACCUCAUGUAUCAGAUCCAGCAGGUCGGCAAGUUCAAGGAACCCCACGCUGUUUUCUAUGCUGCAGAGAUCUCCAUCGGCCUCCUCUUCCUCCAUUCCAAAGGCAUCGUUUACCGGGAUCUGAAGCUGGACAACGUGAUGCUGGAUGCAGAAGGUCACAUUAAGAUAGCUGACUUUGGGAUGUGUAAAGAGAACAUGUUAGACGGUGUCACCACCAAGACCUUCUGUGGGACCCCAGACUACAUCGCUCCUGAGAUCAUAGCUUACCAGCCCUAUGGGAAGUCCGUGGACUGGUGGGCCUUUGGAGUUCUGCUCUACGAGAUGCUGGCUGGACAGCCUCCGUUCGAUGGUGAGGAUGAGGAUGAGUUGUUUCAGUCCAUCAUGGAGCACCACGUCUCCUACCCCAAGUCCAUGUCCAAGGAGGCUGUCGCCAUCUGCAAAGGGUUGAUGACUAAGCACCCAGGGAAACGUCUGGGCUGUGGUCCGGAGGGGGAGAGGGAUAUAAAGGAACAUGCUUUCUUCCGUUACAUGGACUGGGACAAACUGGAGAACAAGGAAGUCCAGCCGCCCUUCAAACCCAAAGCUAAGAACCGUCGGGACACAGGGAACUUUGAUAAAGAGUUCACUAAGAUGGCGGUGGAACUGACUCCUACAGACAAACUGUUCAUAAUGAACCUCGAUCAGAACGAAUUCCAGGGAUUCUCCUAUACCAACCCAGAGUACAUCAUACAGGUUUAACCCUAUAGAUUAUAUAACAUGAUACUCACCAACCCAGAGUACAUUAUACAGGUUUAACCCUAUAGAUUAUAUAACAUGAUACUCACCAACCCAGAGUACAUUAUACAGGUUUAACCCUAUAGAUUAUAUAACAUGAUACCCACCAUCCCAGAGUACAUCAUACAGGUUUAACCCUAUAGAUUAUAUAACAUGAUACUCACCAACCCAGAGUACAUCAUACAGGUUUAACCCUAUAGAUUAUAUAACAUGAUACUCACCAACCCAGAGUACAUCAUACAGGUUUAACCCUAUAGAUUAAAUAACAUGACACACCAACCCAGAGUACAUUAUACAGGUUUAACCCUAUAGAUGAAAUAACACGAUACCCACCAACCCAGAGUACAUCACACAGGUUUAACCCUAUAGAUGAAAUAACAUGAGAAGUUGUCAAAAGUUGGGCCACACCUACUCAUUCAAAGGUUUUUAUUUUUAAUAUUUUCUACAUUGUAGAAUAAUAGUGAAGACAUCAAAACUAUGAAAUAACACAUAUGGAAUCAUGUGUGUUAACCAAAAAAUUGUUAAACAAAUCUAAAUAUAUUUUAUAUUUGAGAUUUUUCAAAGUAGCCACCCUUUGCCUUGAUGGCGGCUUUGAACACUCUUGGCAUUUUCUCAACCAGCUUCAUGAGGUAGUCACCUGGAAUGCAUUUCAAUUAACAGGUGUGCCUUGUUAAAAGUUAAUUUGUGGAAUUUCUUUCCUCCUUAAUGCAUUUGAACCAAUCAGUUGUGUUGUGACAAGAUAGGGUUGGUAUGCAGAAGAUAGCCCUAUGGUAAAAGACCAAGUCCAUGAUGGUGUGAUGAUGCUUUGCUGGUGACACUGUCGAUGAUCUAUUUAGAAUUCAAGAAACACUUAACCAGCAUGGCUACCACAGCAUUCUGCAGUGAUAUCCCAUCUGGUUUGCGCUUAGUAGGACUAUAAUUUGUUUUUCAACAGGACAAUGACUCAACACACCUCCAGGCUGUGUAAGGGCGAUUUGACCAAGAAGUACAGUUAUGGAGUGCUGCAUCAGAUGACCUGGCCUCCACAAUCACCCAACCUCAACCCAAUUGAGAUGGUUUGAGAUUAGUUGGACCGUAGAGUGAAGGAAAAGCAGCCAACAAGUGCUCAGCAUAUGUGGGAACUCCUUCAAGACUGUUGGGAAAAGCAUUCCAGGUGAAGCUGGUUGAUAGUGCUAAGAGUGGGCAAAGCUGUCAUCAAGGGGGAGGGUGGCUGCUAUGAAGAAUCACAAAUAUAAAAUAUAUUUUGAUUUAACACUUUUUUGGGUUACUACAUAUUUCCAUACAAUGUAGAAAAUAGUAAAAAUAAAGAAAAACCCUGUAAUGAGUAGGUGUGUCCAAACUUUUGACUGGUACUGUAUAUACAUCUAAUAACAUUCUACACAAUACCAUUAACAGAACAGCCCCAUUUAACAGCAAACUAGCUAAUGCAAACCCAGCCAGCCACACCAAGCCUUCACCCACACCUCUAACCCUGACAACUGGUCUACUAGCUCCCAUCAACAUGGACUGUACCAACAUCACAACCACCCCUCUGUUCCUGCUGCACGGUUUAGUUGAACCCAACACAACCAGAACCAACUGUUAGUCUACUAGCUGCCAUCAACAUGGACUGUACCAACAUCACAACCACCCCUCUGUUCCUGCUGCACGGUUUAGUUGAACCCAACACAACCAGAACCAACUGUUAGUCUACUAGCUGCCAUCAACAUGGACUGUACCAACAUCACAACCACCCCUCUGUUCCUGCUGCACGGUUUAGUUGAACCCAACAGAACCAGAACCAGAACCAACUCCAGCUGGAACCAACUGGUCUGAAGAGGUUUCAAGAGGAGCCAGGAGAGACUGGUUCUCUUCCAGAAUGUUCUUCCAUUACUCUGUUUGGACUCUGAACUGUCUGGCCAGUUCGCUAUGUAGUGGUAACCGUGGGAGAUGGCUAAAAGCAGAGACAUGUAUUUAGAGAGUUGAGCCAGCUUCUAGAAUGUUGCAUAUUGUUCUAAUUCUAGAUCUUCACUUAGAGAGCAUUGUUUAAAUAUUCCCCAUGUAAUGUUAAUGGAGAUCUAACAUGGCUGUUAUAGAAUGUUGUAGUGUCAUGUAAAUACAUCAUUCUAGACAUUAUAUUCCCCAUGUAAUGUUAAAGGGGUGCUAACAACUCUAAAUACAUGGCUCUGGUCUAAAAGCAGUACACCAUAUAGGCAGUAGGGGGCCAUUCAGGACGUGAUCUAUUACGUGUGUUUGUUUACGUGUUCUCUUCUUCAGCCUGUAACGUGACGUCAUGACCAUUCCAUAACAUGUAUGAGCAAACGCGUGUGACACCUUGGUCUCACAUCCCAGUGUUUUAGAACGCAUGUCUUAGUGUUCCAGAACUCAUAUCUAAGUGUUCCAGAACUCAUAUCUAAGUGUUCCAGAACUCAUGUCUUAGUGUUCCAGAACUCCUAUCUAAGUGUUCCAGAACUCAUAUCUUAGUGUUCCAGAACUCAUAUCUAAGUGUUCCAGAACUCAUGUCUUAGUGUUCCAGAACUCAUAUCUAAGUGUUCCAGAACUCAUAUCUAAGUGUUCCAGAACUCAUAUCUAAGUGUUCCAGAACUCAUGUCUUAGUGUUCCAGAACUCAUAUCUAAGUGUUCCAGAACUCAUAUCCCAGUGUUCUAGAACUCAUGCUCCAGUGUUUCUAGAACUCAUGUCUGAGGGUUCUAGAUUAGAACUCAUGGUGUCCCAGUCUUUAGAACACGUCUGGUCUUCCAAACUCGAUGCAAAAAAAACUCUGACAGAGAGAAGUGAGAUCUGAUCUGUAGACUGCUGCAGUGCCGGACUCUCUGUCCCUCUUCCUCUCUCUCUCUCUCUGUCCCUCUUUCUCUCUCUCUUACCCUUCUUCGUGUGUGUGUGUGUGUGUGUGUGUGUGUGUGUGUGUGUUUCUAAUCCGUGAAACCAGCUUCACUACGCAUGCUUUUAGAGCUAGCCAACCCCCCCCCCCCCAUAAUAUUAUGAGCCCUUAGUUACCAAUGAACUACUUGACCGUUGGUAACCAUGGUAACACUGUACCUAACUACCGAGGGUCAGGGUGGGUUUGACGUCACUGCAUAACUAACUAAUACCUAUAUCUAUAUUAUACUGUGUAUAUUUACUGAUGUAUGUGUUCUGUUGGUGUACUGUAGCUGUAUAUAUCAGUGGUCCCCUGUCCCCAUAGACCUCUGGUCUAAAGUAGUGCACUACAGAGGGCCCAGGGUGGUCUGUUGGUGUACUGUAGCUGUAUAUAUCAGGGGCCCCCUGUCCCCAUAGACCUCUGGUCUAAAGUAGUGGACUACAGAGGACACAUGGGGCCAUUUCAGACUCACUUUUUGUGUGUAUAAAGGUGGUAGCAGUCUUCCAGUCAGAUAACUGUGUUUUAUUGGUGCUCUAGUUUUAUAACCCCGCCCCCUUUUCCUAAUUUAGGGUGUGGUUACAAUGUGGGCGACUCUUCACCCGUCUCUAUGUAACCAAUAGCUCGCCCGGCACUAGUCUUUGUCACCCGGAAGUAGUAGAAGUAUUACGCUGCCUGCUUAAUCAAAUCCCCUGGGAAAGGUUUUCCCAGGGUGCAUCUGGCUAAGGAAGAGGAAGGAAAAACAACAGGAGAAGUGGAACCAAAACAGAAACAUUUCAACUAUGCAACAUGGAAAUACAAACAACAACAGAAAGAGAAAAUGAUGGACAUAUGAGGAGAUGAACAGGCGGGGAGGGCGUGAAGGGGACGGAGGUCAUUCUAAGGUCACGUGUUGCAUGCCCUGUGUGUGACUGUCAUGUCAUGUGACUUGAGACAUUCUCAUGUUAUUAUACAACACCUGGUGUUUGACAACA